CUGAGAACCGAGUUUGGGAAACGAUGUGCAUAGCCUAAUCUGUUUCCAUGCAACUGUUGCUGUUGUUCACGGGCUUGACGUCACUUGACCUGACACACAGGACGAAGAGGGCAUUAGGGCAAUCCCUGCUUCUCUCUCGUCACCACUCGCAGUCAGUUGACUAGACUACAGCUGAGCAGCUAGAACUCAUAGCGACACCGCUUUCUUUUAGACAGUCGUGAGAUUGUAAUAGCCUAUAUUUUAAAUUCAGUCUGUAAUCGAGAAAUAUCGAGUAAGUGCAUAUAGUCACUAAAGUGGGACUGUCGCGGUGUAGGAGUUGUUGUGCGGCAAACCGCCCAUGACCAAAGCGCAUGGAAUAUUGGAAUAAGCCGCGACGCACGAAUACACUUUCAACUGAAGAAACGAGUUGGCAGUAAAUGUUGUCCAUCGAAAAUCAGUCUUAUUAUAUUGGAGGUUACUUUUAUUUACUUCUCGAACCACUUUUAUUUCUUUGUCUGUUGCCCUUUGUUUUGGCUGUCAACACGACUGCUGGACUGGACACAGUCAUGCGCUCUGUCUCUCUAUUGUGACAUCGAGUUUCCGCAUUUUUCCUAGGCUAUUUAUGGUUUAUUUGAAUAGGGACAGAUAUAAACACAUUGAUAUAUCGAAUAAACAAUUAUCUGAAACUUUGCACAGUGUGUAGGACCAUUUUCAACAGCUGUCAAAAGCCCAUAUAGGGAAAGGCUUCAUGAGAGUGAAGAGGACUUUCAAGGACUUCUGUUUCAUAGACCUUAUAGGACUUCAUAUUUUGGGGACAUCAGAACAGGACAGGAGCAACCAUGGGUGUCAGGCAGAGUAGCCCCGUGGCUGACAGUCGAACCCGGGCGUAUUCUAGCCCUGUCCCCCCGUCUGGAGGCAGCACUACCCCAGGGUUCAGAUACACAGCUGGGCCUGGUGGCCCCCAAAUUCACUACACCGGAUGGAACCAACCCAGCUCCUACCACCAGACAGGGAUUAGUAUACCUCAUGGCGGCCAGAGCAGGUCGGAGGUGUUCGGUAACAGUCUGGACCUGGAGGAGUCCGACUGGGAGAGAGGAGAACACCGGCUGAUGAUUGGCUCGCUACCACUUCAUCUGUCCCCUCACCUACUGGGAGGGUUCCACUGUCCUGUGUGCAGUAAGUUUGUGGUGUCAGAUGAGAUGGAGAUCCACCUGGUCAUGUGUCUCACCAAGCCACGACUCACCUACAACGAGGACGUUCUGGAGAAGGAUAGUGAGGAGUGUGCAAUCUGUCUAGAUGAGAUGGAGCAGGGAGACGUCAUCGCUAGACUGCCCUGUCUCUGUAUCUACCACAAAGGGUGUAUAGACGAGUGGUUUGAGGUGAAUCGUUCGUGUCCAGAGCACCCCUCGGACUAAGGCCUCAGAUACCCACAGCAUGUCUACUAUCUAUCUACUUCAUCCAGAUCUACGUCCUCAUGACAUGCUGGUCUAUGAAUCUACUUCAUCCAGAUCUACGUCUUCAUGACAUGCUGGUCUAUGAAUCUACUUCAUCCAGAUCUACGUCCUCAUGACAUGCUGGUCUAUGAAUCUACUUCAUCCAGAUCUACGUCUUCAUGACAUGCUGGUCUAUGAAUCUACUUCAUCCAGAUCUACGUCUUCAUGACAUGCUGGCCUAUGAAUCUACUUCAUCCAGAUCUAUGUCCUCGACAUGCUGGCCUAUGAAUCUACUUCAUCCAGAUCUACGUCUUCAUGACAUGCUGGCCUAUGAAUCUACUUCAUCCAGAUCUACGUUUUCAUGACAUGCUGGCCUAUGAAUCUACUUCAUCCAGAUCUACGUCCUCAUGACAUGCUGGCCUAGAAUCUACUUCAUCCAGAUCUACGUCUUCAUGAUAUGCUGGCCUAUGAAUCUACUUCAUCCAGAUCUACGUCUUCAUGACAUGCUGGCCUAUGAAUCUACUUCAUCCAGAUCUACGUCUUCAUGACAUGCUGGCCUAUGAAUCUACUUCAUCCAGAUCUAUGUCCUCGACAUGCUGGCCUAUGAAUCUACUUCAUCCAGAUCUACGUCUUCAUGACAUGCUGGCCUAUGAAUCUACUUCAUCCAGAUCUACGUCUUCAUGACAUGCUGGCCUAUGAAUCUACUUCAUCCAGAUCUACGUCCUCAUGACAUGCUGGUCUAGGAAUCUACUUCAUCCAGAUCUACGUCUUCAUGACAUGCUGGCCUAUGAAUCUACUUCAUCCAGAUCUACGGCUGACCUGCUGGUCCGUGAAUCUACUUCAUCCAGAUCUACGUCUUCAUGACAUGCUGGUCUAUGAAUCUACUUCAUCCAGAUCUACGUCUUCAUGACAUGCUGGCCUAUGAAUCUACUUCAUCCAGAUCUAUGUCUUCAUGACAUGCUGGCCUAUGAAUCUACUUCAUCCAGAUCUACGUCCUCAUGACAUGCUGGCCUAGAAUCUACUUCAUCCAGAUCUACGUCCUCAUGACAUGCUGGCCUAUGAAUCUACUUCAUCCAGAUCUACGUCUUCAUGACAUGCUGGCCUAUGAAUCUACUUCAUCCAGAUCUACGUCCUCAUGACAUGCUGGUCUAGGAAUCUACUUCAUCCAGAUCUACGUCUUCAUGACAUGCUGGCCUAUGAAUCUACUUCAUCCAGAUCUACGUCCUCAUGACAUGCUGGCCUAUGAAUCUACUUCAUCCAGAUCUACGUCUUCAUGACAUGCUGGCCUAUGAAUCUACUUCAUCCAGAUCUACGUCCUCAUGACAUGCUGGUCUAGGAAUCUACUUCAUCCAGAUCUACGUCUUCAUGACAUGCUGGCCUAUGAAUCUACUUCAUCCAGAUCUACGGCUGACCUGCUGGUCCGUGAAUCUACUUCAUCCAGAUCUACGUCUUCAUGACAUGCUGGUCUAUGAAUCUACUUCAUCCAGAUCUACGUCUUCAUGACAUGCUGGCCUAUGAAUCUACUUCAUCCAGAUCUAUGUCUUCAUGACAUGCUGGCCUAUGAAUCUACUUCAUCCAGAUCUACGUCUUCAUGACAUGCUGGCCUAUGAAUCUACUUCAUCCAGAUCUACGUCCUCAUGACAUGCUGGCCUAGAAUCUACUUCAUCCAGAUCUACGUCUUCAUGAUAUGCUGGCCUAUGAAUCUACUUCAUCCAGAUCUACGUCCUCAUGACAUGCUGGCCUAUGAAUCUACUUCAUCCAGAUCUACGUCCUCAUGACAUGCUGGCCUAUGAAUCUACUUCAUCCAGAUCUACGUCCUCAUGACAUGCUGGCCUAUGAAUCUACUUCAUCCAGAUCUACGUCUUCAUGAUAUGCUGGCCUAUGAAUCUACUUCAUCCAGAUCUACGUCCUCAUGACAUGCUGGCCUAUGAAUCUACUUCAUCCAGAUCUACGUCUUCAUGACAUGCUGGCCUAUGAAUCUACUUCAUCCAGAUCUACGGCUGACCUGCUGGUCCGUGAAUCUACUCUUACCUAUAUCUAUGUCUGACCAGUGUUUGAAGAAUAAUGACACUAGCCUGUAAAGUGUAGCCUACUGUUUUGCCUCACCAGUAUACCCUGAAUCCCUGGAAGGCUCAUUUAGAGAUGCUCACCAUAGACUUCAAUAGACUGGGCCAGGACCCGUCUUCUGAGAGUUGGUGUUGGACUGGGCCAGGACCCGUCUUCUGAGAGUUGGUGUUGGACUGGGCCAGGACCCGUCUUCUGAGAGUUGGUGUUGGACUGGGCCAGGACCCGUCUUCUGAGAGUUGGUGUUGGACUGGGCCAGGACCCGUCUUCUGAGAUGUUGUUGGACUGGGCCAGGACCCGUCUUCUGAGAGUUGGUGUUGGACUGGGCCAGGACCCGUCUUCUGAGAGUUGGUGUUGGACUGGGCCAGGACCCGUCUUCUGAGAGUUGGUGUUGGACUGGGCCAGGACCCGUCUUCUGAGAGUUGGUGUUGGACUGGGCCAGGACCCGUCUUCUGAGAGUUGGUGUUGGACUGGGCCAGGACCCGUCUUCUGAGAGUUGGUGUUGGACUGGGCCAGGACCCGUCUUCUGAGAUGUUGUUGGACUGGGCCAGGACCCGUCUUCUGAGAUGUUGUUGGACUGGGCCAGGACCCGUCUUCUGAGAUGUUGUUGGACUGGGCCAGGACCCGUCUUCUGAGAUGUUGUUGGACUGCUAAAACAAUACUACACAGCAGAGAGUUGUACCUCAGUUGACUGACUGACAACAUUGAAGACGCUGCUCAUGCUUAGAUAAGACACUGAUGGACGGAUGUCGUCUCAGAGUGAUGAUGUCAUAAGGAGGAACACGGUAGUGCGUGGACACACAACGAGACUUCAUAUUGCCUCCAGCGAUCGAAUCCUCUCAGAUCUACACUAGUGCUUAAUGGGUAGGGGUGAAUUUGGUAUGAUGGGGGGCGGGGGGGGCAGGCAUACCUUCAUUGUUACUAUUACUGUAUUGUGAUAAUGGGUUUAUUGAUCAUCAGCUUUAAUGCUGUAGAAUGAGGGAAUUUAGACAACCGUUUCUAUUGUAGUAAGACUGAGUGCUGUGGCUGAAACAUGCUAAUUCUGAUGCUCAUUUGUACAUAUGUCAAUUAUGAAGUCACAUGUUCUGUUGACCUUCAUUUUAUUUCCGUGGUUGUGUAAAUUUAUUUUAAAGGGAAUUUAAAAGCUAAAAAUGUGAUAUUAAAAACCCACCUUUGAUUUACUAAGGCAUCAUAUGUAUAUUUUGCAUAAGAGCUUGUAUUCGUUGAAUUAAGUAAACUGAAGCACAAAUCAACUCCAUAUGUACUGUAACUAGUAAAUAGUGAUAAUAUUAUUACAGUUGUGUUCAAUGUCAUUAAUGGAUGUUUAAAAGACAAUUGUUUAAAUCAUGUUCCAUAUGUACCGUGUUUUAAUACUGAAUCAGAGCCUUCAGAGGUUUAAGAAACAAAUAAUAAAUUGAUUUCUGAACUGA